AUGAAGGCAAUUACAACAAUGGAAGGUGAACCAGACGUCAAGACAAGAGCAACAAUGGAAGGUGAACCAGUCGUCCAGACAAUAGCAACAAUGGAAGGUGAACCAGACGUCAAGACAAUAGCAACAAUGGAAGGUGAACCAGACGUCAAGACAGUAGCAACAAUGGAAGGUGAACCAGAUAUGAAGGCAAUUACAACAAUGGAAGGUGAACCAGACGUCAAGACAAGAGCAACAAUGGAAGGUGAACCAGACGUCAAGACAACAGCAACAAUGGAAGGUGAACCAGACGUCCAGACAAUAGCAACAAUGGAAGGUGAACCAGACGUCAAGACAAUAGCAACAAUGGAGGGUGAAUCAGACAUCAAAACAUAUGGAGCUCAACGGCUGGUACAGAAAUUUCGAAGGGCUUCCGACGAGCAGCGACUAGCUUUCCUGACUUACAUCCCUGUCGGAUUUCCUAAUUUAGAUUCGUUCGCGCAAAUAUUGCGAACUCUCGAGAAGUCUGGAUCGGACAUUAUCGAGGUUGGGAUCCCAUUUUCAGAUCCCGUCGCUGAUGGCUUAACUAUUCAAAUUGCGAGUUCCCACGCUCUGAAACAAGGUGGUUCUCUUGAAACGGCAUUUGCUUCAGUGAAGGAGGCGAGAAGCGCUGGUCUUGAUGCAGGUGUGAUUUUUAUGACGUACUGGAAUCCCGUUUUGUCCUAUGGUGUGGAAAACGCAUGCCGUCAAGCUGUUGAAUGCGGCGUCGAUGGAUUUCUCGUUGUCGACCUUCCAUUCGAUGAGGCGAUAAGUCCAUUGCCAGGAUUUGCAUUCAAGAGUCACAAGGAAGGCCAACUUCCAAGCUUUGUUGAUCUUUGUAAUCGAUUUCAUUUGGGAUACAUUCCACUGGUUGGUUGUCUUGAUGUUCGAUCACCACGUCGAUUAUUCACUACAGAUCGCUCCUACAACACCGUUCACUCUUUGUGUGGAGUAACGGGCACUCAAUCAAUCGAGGACUGGAAAGCAAGAGCCACCGAAAAUCUAUCAGAAAUCCUCCUUUCUGUUAAAGCAGCAUCAGAGCGGUUGUCGGCAUCGACGAGUGGAUUCUCUGCUCCUCCACUCAUCGCUGGAUUCGGAAUCUCGAGCGCUGAACACGUUGAAGCUCUUGGUCUUCUGGAGGGUGUUGCUGGGUUCGUUGUUGGGUCUGCUUUGAUCAACCAUAUAUCAGCAGCUUGUUCUAAUCUCGAUGGUCAUUCUGGACUUAAGAGAAGACUUGCGCACUUGAUUAAGAAAACUUUCGUCGAUGACUCUAUACCCAAGCCAUCACCAAGGAUUUCUACAGAAGUUGUCUGCGCCGCCAUAUCCGAGUUCUGUUCCACUUUUCGAAAAUCUUUAUGUCGCCAGUCUCCAACAUUCCGCAUGAUUGAAAAUGCAGAAGUCGUCUCUGAGUAUGCAGUUGUCGACAGUGGAUCUGAUCGUGAUGGAUGGUUUUUCGGAACAUUUGGAGGAAGAUUUAUCCCUGAAUCCUUGAUGAAGGCCCAUGAAAUGCUCGCUCAUGAAUUUUCUUUAGCGCUUAAAGAUCCAGAAUUUAUAAAGGAAGUCGCUUCCUUGAGACGCAAUUAUAUUGGAGGUCCGACUCCAAUUCAUUUUGCACGGCGCUUAACAGAAAAGCUCAAAGGGGCAAUAUUCUUUAAACGGGAGGAGAUGGGAUUCACAGGGGCACACAAGAUCAACAACGCAAUAGGACAAGCUCUUCUUGCGAAAAGAUUGGGAAAACGUCGCAUCAUUGCUGAGACCGGGGCGGGACAGCAUGGAGUUGCGACGGCAACUGCCUGUGCUCUAUUGGAUCUUCAGUGCAUUGUCUAUAUGGGAGAAGUUGACAUGAAGCGACAGGAAUUAAACGUUUUUAAGAUGCGAAUCUUAGGAGCGGAGGUUGUGGCAGUGACAUCCGGAUCGAGAACACUGAAGGACGCCGUGAGUGAGGCCUUGCGUGACUGGGUGGCUAACGUUUCCACAACGCAUUACUUGAUUGGCUCCGCUAUUGGUCCUGAUCCAUUCCCGAAGAUCGUUAAAUAUUUCCAAUCGGUCAUUGGAACUGAAUCCAGAGCCCAAAUGUUGAAAGAGUCCCCAUAUGAGGAUUCUGCUGGACCCGGAAAGUUACCAGACGUUGUUGUUGCAUGUGUUGGAGGUGGUUCCAAUGCAAUUGGGACAUUCUCUGCCUUCGUUGAGGAUGAGACUGUCCGACUGGUUGGGGUUGAGGGUGGUGGAAUGGAGUUAUCAAAUGAGAAACAUUCCGCGACACUUUCUAAGGGGACGCCGGGUGUGUUUCAUGGAACUCAAACGUUUCUCAUUCAGGCACCGAGUGGACAAAUCCUAGAAACCUCAUCGAUCUCAGCCGGACUUGAUUAUCCUGGAGUUGGUCCUGAACUCGCUCAUCUCAAGGAAACUCGGCGUGCUGAGUUCACAUGGGCGUCCGACAAGGAGGCCGUCAAUGCGCUGAUGAUGACAGCAAGAACGGAAGGCAUUAUUGCGGCUUUAGAAUCUGCCCAUGCUCUCGCUUGGGUUAUUCGUGAGGCUUCUAAACUUCCUUAUGAUCAAAUUGUGUUGGUGACGAUCUCGGGACGUGGUGACAAAGAUCUUCCCACACUCUUUCAACUACAACUUUUGUCAGAUUGCUCAUAG